AUGACAUACUGCUCCGCGGGCGACCAAUUCUCCUAUUUCAAUUCCGUUGAGUUUAAUUCUCUAGGUUAUCAUAUCCUGGGAGCAAUUGCUAUACCAUUUCAUAUCCUCGGUGCCUACUGUAUCAUAUUCAAGACUCCCCAAACGAUGAGUUCUGUGAAAUGGCCAAUGUUAAACUAUCACAUCAUCACUACUCUCGUAGAUGUGAUGUUUGGUUUUAUGGUGUGUCCAUAUAUAAUUGCUCCGUUCUCCAUCAUGCUGCCAAGUGGAGUUCUCCAAAUACUCGGUGUCUAUCAAGGUGUGCAGGCAUACCUGAUGAUUACGUCGGUGGAAAUAAUGGCUGUCUCUAUGGUUCAGAUUGUAGAAAAUCGAUAUAUGAUCUUAAAAAAUGGAAACCUGAGAUGGCAGAAGAUAAGGAUUCCAUGGUUUUGUUUUAAUUAUUCACUCGCGUCUCUGGCAACGCUUCCAAUGUAUUUGGAAAUUCCCAAGGAUCAGGAAUCAGCUAAAUCAGAUAUUUUCGCGAAAGUUCCCUGCAUACCUCGCAAAAUUCGUGAAGACCCUGCUAUUUUUGUCGUUGCAGAAAACAUGAAUCUCACAGUAGCCGUCAUUCUCACCUUUGUAAUCCUCAUAGCCAUCCAAUUUUUAACGUUUUCAAGAUUGUCAAGACUUGCUCUGAAGAAGAGCAACACUCAACUAUCGGAAAUGACUAUCAAAUUACAGAAGAAGUUUCUUAGAGCCUAUGUAAUUCAAAUUGCAAGUUAUCAUAUCCUGGGAGCAAUUGCUAUGCCAUUUCAUAUCCUCGGUGCCUACUGUAUCAUAUUUAAGACUCCCCAAACAAUGAGUUCUGUGAAAUGGUCAAUGCUAAACUAUCACAUCAUCACUACUCUCGUUGAUGUUAUGUUUGGUUUUAUGGUGUGUCCAUAUGUAAUUGCUCCGUUCUCCAUUAUGCUGCCAAGUGGAGUUCUCCAAAUACUCGGUGUCUAUCAAGGUGUGCAGGUAUACCUCUGGAUGAUGUCGAUUGCAAUAAUGGGUGUCUCCAUGGUUCAAGUUGUAGAAAAUCGAUAUAUGAUCUUAAGUAAUGGAAAUCCGUAUUGGCAGAAGAUAAGGAUUCCAUGUUUUUGUUUUAAUUACUCACUCGCGUCUCUGGCAACACUUCCGAUGUAUUUGGAAAUUCCAAAAAAUCAGGAGUCAGCGAAAUCAGAUAUUUUCGCCGUAAUAAAACGGGACGUAACAGAGAAGUUUGAAGAUAAAUUUUUCCAGGAACUUCCCUGUUUACCUCGUGAAAUUCGUGAAGACCCAGCUCUAUUCGUCUUCGCAGAAAACAUGAAUCUUACAAUAGUCGCCAUCUUAACUUUGGCAGUCCUCAUAGAUUUUCAAUUCUCAACAUUUGCAAGAUUGUCAAGGCGUGCUUUGAAAACGAACGGAACUCAACUAUCGGAAAUGACAAUUAAAUUACAGAAGAAGUUUCUUAGAGCAUUAAUUAUCCAAAUUGGAUGUCCCUUCAUUUUCAUGGUUUUACCAUUAUCCAUGAUCCUUUUCGAAUACUUUUCAACCUAUUUCAAUCAAACUCUGAACAAUACAGCAUUUCUUAUGCUUGCUUCGUAUGGCUUAUCAUCAACUAUGAUUAUGCUACUGGUUCAUUCCCCCUAUCGGAUAUUUCUCAAAGAGCAGCUCAGUGAGCUGCUCGGAGUCAGAAAGAUGGCUCGGAACCAAACUUUCAACGUUGUAAUUCCCUCUGUAGCAUCGAUAAAAUCCCGAAUAAAUUUGAUUUAG